GCAACUUGUUAGACUGUGUUGCGCCGACGUAAGGCCACUAUAAACAUAAGGAUGAAAAAAUACCUUGCCUAUGGUUUUAAGAUUUACCUUCUUUGAUACAGAUCAUGCUCAUUGCUAACCAGAAUGAACCUGGGAAAUUUGCAGCAUGAAUUGUGGCUGGAGCGCUAUGCUGUGGCUGAAAAUGAGGUCACCAGUUGUCCCACGAUUUGAAUAACCAGACGCAUUUUGGUAUGACACACAACCUGCCUUCUGAACUUCCGCUGGUGUUUAACUUCAGUUGAGAUAUUAUUCGCCCUGAUUCUUCGAUCAAGUCAGUUUUGGUUUAGGACAUACCGACCACUAUGGCGAGCGAUAGUCAUCCCCGCGGCCUCCGCUGGCGCUCCAACACUUUCUUCAUCAUAUCUACCGUGGCGUUGGGUCUGUUCACCGAUCUCUUCCUCUACGGCCUCGUCGUUCCGGUGCUUCCAUUCAUGCUUCGUGACAGGCUAGCAGUCCCAGAAGAUGAGAUCCAGUCCCACGUAUCCGGCUUGUUGACGGUCUAUGCCGGUGUACAGCUCUUGUCUUCGGUCCCAAUUGGCUGGUUGGCAGAUCGCACCCAAUCAAGACAAUCUCCAUUCUUGUGCGGCUUAGUAGCACUAACAGCAGGAACUAUCAUGCUUGCAUUAGGGCAAAACAUUGCGGUCAUGGUCAUCGCGAGAGCGCUGCAGGGCGUCAGUGCGUCUGUUGUGUGGACCAUCGGUCUUGCCAUGGUGCUUGAUACAGUGGGCACAGAGCACCUUGGCAAAACCAUGGGUACGAUAUUCUCAACGAUAUCGGUGGGCACACUGGUCGCUCCUGUUCUGGGUGGGUUACUCUACGACAAAACCGGUUUUGGAGGUGUCUUUGGGCUUGCUGUCGGCAUUAUUGUCAUUGACUUUAUUAUGCGGCUGCUGAUGAUCGAGAAGAAAACGGCAGCCAAGUAUGACAGCACGCUUGCCCGCGGCGCCACCAAUCCAAGGCAGCACGAAACCACGAAUGAUGAUGGAGAGAUAGAUAAUGCGCAUGAGCAAGACGCGUUGCUACCAAGGACAAGGGAUGAGGCCUACAAGAUCAAGAACAAACCCAACAAGCUAGUUCGAUCAGUACCAAUCCUCUACUGCUUGCGGAAUCCGAGGCUACUCAUGGCAUUUGCAUUAUCCUUGGUUCAAGCGACCUUACUAGCAGUGUUCGAUUCAACUAUCCCCACGGAAGCACAGUCACUGUUUGGGUUCAACUCAUUGAAAGCAGGACUACUCUUCAUCGCUUUGGAUAUCCCGUACCUGGUUUUCGGUCCUGUUGCAGGAUGGGCUGUAGACAAGUAUGGUACCAAGCCAGCAGCCGUCAUCGGCUUUGCUUGGCUAGUUCCUGCCUUGGUCCUCUUGCGUUUACCCACAGAGGGUUUGGAACACGGCACGAAUAACGUCGCACUCUACUGCGCCAUGCUCGCUUUGAAUGGCGUCGGUUUGGCAGUCAUUGGCUCGCCCAGCUUUGUCGAAGCGAGUGAGGUGGUGCAGAAAUAUGACCAAGCAAAUCCGGAGUUCUUUGGUGCAAACGGACCGUACGCCCAGCUUUAUGGUUUCAGCUCCAUGUUCUUUUGUGCUGGUUUGACUGUCGGACCAGUCUUGAGCGGCGCGCUCAAGGACUCUAUCGGGUAUGGUAAUAUGAACAUCGUAUUUGCCGCGGUGGCGGCUGUCACAUCAGUACUGUCGUUCCUCAUUAUUGGGGGGAAGCCGAAGGUUUGGCGACGUAGAUAGAGGAGCAACUUAUCAAAAUAUCAAACAUGCUCAGUAUA